AUGGAUUUGGGUGAAGCUGGUGCCGCGCCAGUCAUCCUGGCUGACUGGCUGGAUCGCCUCUUGAAUUACUGGCAUGAGAACCGUGCUGUUGUGUCCACCCUCGUCGGGCUCUGUGUUCUCGCCGUUGUUGUGCAACGCAGACAUGCUUCCAAGAGUGCACAGCACGGCUCCCCAACCCUGGAGAAGGCAGCGUGGCUCGCCCCAGAGGACGGUGCCCGCGUCCAGAUUGGAAAGGAUCAAAGACUCCAGAGUCCUUCGAGAAUCAGCCCUUCGCUCACGUCUGGCCAGGCUCGAAAACCUCGAACUCCGGCCGCUGCAGCCCGUGUGGUGACUGGCCGCAAGCCAGCGAGUUCGAGAGGACAGGCGGCGCUGCAAAGACGACGAGAGCCGUCUCGCAUGCAGCCACUGAUCUUCUUCUCGUCCUUGACUGGCACUACUGAACGCCUCGCGAAGCAGGUCGCGGCGGAUCUUGAGGGAGUCUCAACCGCCUACCCCGCGAUCCUCAGGCCUCAAGUAUACGAUCUCUCAUAUGUUGACCUCGACGACUACUUCAUCUCAGGCCCCAAAACUCCCGUCCCGAGUGCAGAUGUCUCGUACUUCUACCUCCUCCUGAUACCUUCCUACGACAUCGACACCAUUCUGAACACAUUCCUUGCCCAUUUAGACGAGACGCACAAUGACUUCCGCAUUGACACUGCACCCUUGUCCACAUUGGCAGGCUAUACAAUAUUUGGGAUUGGGGACAAAGAAGGGUGGCCCACCGAAGAGAAGGGCUUUUGCUCACAGGCUGUAGAGGUCGACAAGUGGAUGGCCAAAUUAACCGGUCGGAAGAGGGCGUACCCCUUGGGACUCGGUGACGUGAAAAGCAAUGUCGACAAGUCGCUGAAGGACUGGGUAGGUGGCGUCUGCAACGUCCUCAAGGAGGUGAGCAAGACGGGGGCGCUGGGUGAUGGCGUUCCUGGCAGCGGGGAACCCGUGGAGAGCGGUGACGAGGACGAGCCCGAGGAUGGCGAUGAAGAGACAGAUGAAUUCCCCGACUCUGGACGCAACAAGAGGCGAAAGCUUGCAAAUACCACCGAUCUCGAAGAUGUGGGUGGGAAGGCUAAUUCUUAUGCGCCUCCCAUCGCCAUUGACUUCACCACCUACGGCUCUCGCCCAGCACCAGCAACAACUCUCAAGGCCAUGGUUCCCAAGGAAUCCCCCACUCAUGCAGCGUUGACAAAACAGGGCUACACCAUCGUGGGCACCCACUCGGGCGUGAAAAUCUGUCGUUGGACCAAAUCUGCCCUCCGCGGUCGUGGAUCCUGCUACAAGAAUUCUUUCUACGGCAUUGCGUCCCACCUGUGCAUGGAAACUACUCCCUCGCUAUCAUGCAGCAACAAGUGCGUCUUUUGCUGGAGGCACGGCACCAACCCGGUGUCGACGACUUGGCGCUGGCAGGUCGACGAUCCCAAGUUGAUAUUCGACGGUGCAAAGGAAGGCCAUUACAAGAAAAUCAAGAUGAUGCGCGGCGUUCCCGGUGUGCGCGCCGAGAGGUUCGAAGAGGCCAUGCGUAUUCGGCACUGCGCUUUGAGCUUAGUUGGCGAACCAAUCUUCUACCCUCGCAUCAAUGAGUUUGUGGGCCUUCUACAUGGAGAGAAGAUAUCGAGUUUCCUGGUCUGCAACGCCCAGCAUCCGCAACAACUGCGUGACCUGCGCCGUGUGACACAACUAUACGUCAGCAUCGACGCCAGCAACAAAGACAGUCUGCGCAAGAUCGAUAGGCCUCUGCACCGGGAUUUCUGGGAACGGUUCAAUUCGUGUCUGGACAUUUUGCGGGAGAAGCGGUUUGUACAGCGCACCGUGUUUCGGCUUACGCUCGUCAAGGGGUUCAACAUUGAGGAUGAAGUCGAGGGGUAUGCUCAUUUGGUGGCCAAGGGACUACCCUGCUUUGUCGAGAUCAAGGGUGUCACAUACUGCGGCACGAGUUCCUCGGCCGGAGCGGGCUUGACGAUGCAGAACGUCCCCUUUUACGAGGAAGUGGUCGCGUUCGUCGAGGCCCUGGACAAGGCCCUCGCGAAACGGGGACUCGAGUACGGCAUCGCCGCCGAACAUGCACACAGCUGCUGCGUGCUGAUUGCGAGCAAGCGCUUCCUCAUCCGCGACAAGUGGCACACCCUCAUCGACUACGACAGGUUCUUUGACCUGCUGCAGAGUUCCGCCGACUUCACGCCCGAGGAUUACUGCAAGGCGACGCCCGAAUGGGCCCUCUGGGGCAAUGGCGGGUUCGAUCCCAGAGACGAGAGGGUGGAUCGGAAGGGGAGACCGAAGGAGAAGAAAAUAAGUGGUGGCGACGAUGACGAUACUGUCAGUGAGGCUCGAAGUGGAAUAAAGGCUGCAGAGCAGAAGGCCGAGUUGGACUUUUAA